CGCUAGUAACCAACGUCUCUCAGCUCCAGCGUGGCAUCGUCUCUGGAGAAGAAGAGUACAUCACCAAGGGGAUGUUUUAUCCGCUAAAACCUUCACUUUUUUGACCAAAUACACACAGUGAGAACUACACAAGCGCUUGAGGAUUUACCGGACUCAUUAUCAGUGAAUAAUCUCGGUAUUGUUGUUGAUUUCAUCGACGGAAGCUCCGGAUAUCCAGCUUGAUACCGAUAGAGACUCUACUCGGGUCCUCGUCCUGACAUGGACACAACAGGAACUGUACCAGAGAAGAAAAGGGUGAGCUCGGAUCGGAGGAAGGAGAAGUCAAGGGAUGCAGCGCGAAGCCGGCGUGGGAAGGAGUCGGAGGUGUUCUACGAGCUGGCACAGCAGCUGCCCCUGCCCCACAGCGUCAGCUCCAGCCUGGACAAGGCCUCCAUAAUGAGGCUCAUCAUCAGCUACCUGCGCAUGAGGAAACUGCUCAGCACUGAUGAGCCAAUGGCAGAGGAGGAGACAGAGCUCGAUACACAGCUAAACAGCUCCUACCUAAAAGCUUUGGAGGGCUUUCUCGUUGUGCUGUCUGAGGACGGAGAUAUGAUCUAUCUCUCCGAGAAUGUCAACAAGUGCCUCGGGCUGGCGCAGUUUGACCUGACUGGCCACAGUGUGUUUGACUUCAUACAUCCCUGUGACCAGGAAGAGCUGAGGGAGAUGCUGGUCUACAAAGCAGGCUCCAAAAAGGCCAAGGAACCAAACACAGAGCGCAGCCUCUUCCUCCGAAUGAAAUGCACUCUCACCAGCAGGGGCCGCACCGUCAAUGUCAAAUCAGCUACAUGGAAGGUGCUCCACUGCUCAGGUCAUGUCCGUGUAUAUGACGGCCACACUGAGGAGACUUCCAGCGGGCACAAAGAGCCCCCCGUCCCCUACCUGGUGUUGAUCUGUGACCCCAUCCAACACCCUUCCAACAUUGAGGUCCCUCUGGACACCAAGACCUUUCUCAGCCGCCACACGAUGGACAUGAAGUUCACGUAUUGUGACGAGAGGAUCACUGAGCUCAUGGGUUAUGAUCCAGAGGACCUGUUGAAUCGUUCUGUGUACGAGUACUAUCAUGCUCUGGACUCAGACCAUCUUACCAAGACUCACCACAACUUGUUUGCAAAGGGCCAGGUCAGCACAGGCCAGUACCGGAUGUUAGCCAAAAGAGGAGGCUUUGUGUGGGUGGAAACACAAGCCACUGUCAUCUACAGCAACAAGAACUCCCAGCCACAGUGUGUUGUCUGUGUCAACUUUGUGCUCAGUGGCAUCCAAGAGGAGAAACUGAUCUUGUCGUUGGAGCAGAUCGAGGAUGUGAAGCCAGUGAAUGAGGAGGAGCAGCAGGAGGAAGAAAAAGUUGUGGUUGAGAGCAGCCAGCUGAAGGACGAGGAGAAAGGCCCAGAGCUGGAUGUGAUCAAACUGUUCACUCAGACGGUAGAGGCCGAGCCUCUGGUUAGUCUGUAUGACCAGCUGAAGGCAGAGCCAGAGGCCCUCACCCUGCUGGCCCCGGCUGCUGGAGACGCAAUCAUCUCCCUGGACUUCAGCUGCCCUGAUUCAGAGAUCCAGCCUCUAUACAAUGAUGUGAUGCUUCCCUCCACCAGUGAAAAGCUGGCUCUGCCUCUGUCCCCUCUGCAGCCCAGCGAGCCUCUCCAUGUCGCCACCAACAGCUGUAAGGAUGCCAAAGCUGAGAGCUACGCACCAGCCCCGUCCACCACAUCGCCCUCCUCAGAGGCUGACAGUCCAAUGGAUUUUUGCUUUCCCAUGGACUCAGAGAUGAACUCAGAUUUCAAACUAGACUUGGUGGAGAAGCUGUUUGCCAUCGAUACAGAGCCCAAGACCCUCUUCACCACACAGGCAAUGGAAGACUUAGAUCUGGAGAUGUUAGCUCCCUACAUCCCCAUGGAUGAUGACUUCCAGCUGCGCAGUCUGACCCCAGACGAGCCUCUGUCUUGUGUACCAGUCAAAUCCCUCGAGAGUUCUCCAGUCCACGUCACACAGGACAUCCACAGCUUCCCCAGCUCCCCAUUCAGUGAACCAGGCAGUCGCACAGCUUCCCCAGCACUGCUUACCGCCCCUCAACCUGCCACCAUCGUUGCUAAGAGUACCCCACAGCUGGACAAAGAAGUGUCGCUCAGGACCCUGGCAGCUCAGAACGCACAGCGCAAAAGAAAACUGGGUGACAUAAAAGACCUUAUUGGACAGGGAACGUUUCCCCUGGAACAAGUGGAGCAGGGCAAAAAGCUGAAGGCCUCAGAGUCGGGAACAACCAGGACCGUAUUUCUGCUGCCUUCAGAUCUGGCGAGUCGUCUGCUGGGCAGCACAUCAGAUGGCACCAGCUCCCUUCUCAACCUGCCACAACUCACCCGCUACGACUGCGAGGUCAACGCCCCCCUGCAGGGUCGUCAGUUCCUGCUGCAGGGAGAGGAGCUGCUGCGCGCUCUGGACCACGUCAAUGUAAUCUAACUAAAAUGGAAGGAGUCUCUGCUCACCGCUGAACUAGACUGGACACUACAAUUUCUCCCUCAUAUUGUCACUCCCUCUCCAAGCCCCCUGACCUCACCCCUCUGCCCCUUAUUUAUGUCUCUGUAUGAGUUUGACUAUAGUCUGGCUGCUGUUUGUGCACCUCGUGAUAUCUGCAGCAUUCCACCGUGACAAACAACCAUAGCAGCAUCUGGGUUUUGGUGCAAGGGAUUCAGGCAUCAUGAGAUGUCCAAUUGUCGUUUUUUUUGUUUGUUUUUUUCUCUCUUCCGGGGAGUCUCUCAGCACACAACGCCUCGACAGAUGACCCCUUUUCCAGCAGGUCACCACAGACCCUGGCGCUACUGCCAGCAGUGUAUUGUAAGCUUCAGUCGCACAAUUUAUAUUUUCUUAAAAAGAAAAAUAUUACCAGCAAUAUAUAUUAAGCCUUUUUAAAGUCGUUUUAAUGGGAUUUGAACAAUUUUAUUUUUCCUCCCAUACUUGUAUGUUGUAGUACUCGUACCUAACAAGAAGUCUUUAGUCCAGAUUAUGUAUGAACAUAUUUGUUUAAACCCUAGGUGGUUUGAAUGUUAUCUCCAUUUACUAGCUUUCAGUCUUUGAGGUAAAUGCAUUUAAUUGUGUAGCAGUCCAGUACAUGUCACUUUAUUACUUUACUGUAAGUGUGUGUUACUGUACAUAUACCAGGGAAGUUUUAAUUUACUCAGUACGGCUUCACAGCUUUCGACUCUUACUAUGAAAUCUGAGAGUAACCGCUUCACUUCUUUUGUUUGCUUUUCAUCAUGGAGGAUUGCCGUUUUUUCUCUAACAUGAAUCUAAUUUAUGUUUUUGGUUUUUACUGUACGUGACAUACUCAAAACAGUCUGUUAAAAUAAGUAGGAUAUUCGUAUUUUACUUGUGUGAUCAUUGUCAUCAUGGUAGCACUCGUGAGUUGUCAACCUUGUUUGCUCAGUUUAAUGGUAGUCAGUUUAAUACCAUUGAUCCAUGCCAUAUUGUUGGAUCUCUCAUGCUUAUUGUUGCCGCCUAACAUUAAAUGGCUUUAAUAAAGUA